AUCAUUCAAGGAUGGAGAUCACAUCGGCCUACCUAGUGAUGUCAGCUGUGCUGACCAUUCGGCCUGACAGAACUCAGUUCUUUCGAUACGAGGCCUUCACCCUGUCCUGUGCAGUACCAGGACACUUCACUGGUUGGAGGGUGAAGAGAAACACCUCCACUGGCUCAUUUGUUCCAUGUCAGAAUAACUGGGGUCGCCCAAAUGGGUCCCUCUGCAUGAAUCGCAAGGUCUUCUCAUCAGACAGUGGACAGUAUUGGUGUGAGUCUGAGAGGGAGUGCAGCAAUGUCCUCAACAUCACAGUGGACACUGGGGUUGUGAUCCUGGAGAGCCCUGCACUUUCUGUGACUGUGGGAGACAAAGUGAUUCUUCGGUGUUCCUACAGGGAGAUAUGGGCCCAGUCUUCUUCAUCAGAUUUUAAUGCUACUUUCUAUCAAAAUGGUACUUUUAUUGGAACUCUCCCUCAAGGACAGAUGAUCAUUGAAAAAGUGUCCAAGUCCUCUGAAGGCUUCUAUAAGUGUCAACACCCCACAAAAGGAGAGUCACCACAAUCCUGGCUGAGUGUGAAAGGUGAUGAAGCUAAAGCUCCCCCUGUCCCUACACCUCCUCUGAUGUCUCUGCCCAGUCUGGUGUGCACGAUUUUGCUGUUCAUCCUCUACACCGGUAUACUCAUGUUGUGUGUACACACCUACAGAAAGUGGGCUCGAGCUCGAGCGGAUGCUAAAAGGACAGCUCCUGAUCAUCUUUAACUGGAGUGUCUGAAGAAGAAGAGCAACAAAAAUGAUCAACAUAUCAUUGAAAUUGAACCAUAUUCAGAUCUUUGAUCUUUUAUCUUUAUAAACUGUUCGCAGCUAUGGUGUUGUUUGCUUAAUUGGAGAUUUCCUGACCAAUCUGCUUUUUGCACUGAUCUAAAAAAUGUCUUUCUUACAUUUGAUGAAUUUUAUGUCUCAAUAAUAAAAA